UAAUAUUGUUUUUUUCUGCACAAGUUUUGCGGCUGGGCUGCUCACAAAAGUCGACGAAAUGGAAGAAAAGGGAAGAGUGAAUACCUUUGUUAAUGAUGGAAGCUUCAUGGAAAUGUUCUGAAAGAGGAUGGAAGAAGAAAAACUCAGAGGUAAAGGAGACCAAUCAGUGAGCGGGGCGAAGGACGGUGAGCUGCUGGGAGGAAGCAAUCAACGACGGCCCGGCGGUGACUCGGCCACGGACAUGACGGAAGGGUCGUCGAGUGGCCGAACUCCCACAGAUAAAGAAACACUUUUGCCAGAUCAAAAAACAACCAACAAAACAGAUUCUGAUGUUGAACAAUCUUGUGGUGCCAAUUCGCAAACUUUAUCCACACAACAAAGUGAGAAUAUGGACAGAAAUUCAGAUAUAAAACAUGAAAAGCGAAAGUCAAAAUGGGAGCAAGUUGAAGAAAAGACAACAGCAGAGGAAGUGACAGCAACAGAAGAUUCCAGUAAAACAGAAUCUACAGUAACGACCGCCCAGAAAAAGUAUAGCCUUUUGUCACAUGUCGGCAAACGAAAAGGGGGGAAACCUUCUCUAAAGACAGGAACUGUAAAGAAGCCCAAGACUCCAGAAGCGCCUAAGGAUCCAUGGUCCAAGUACUUGGCAGAGGUAGAGAAAUACAAAGCGCAUGUUUGUGGUGAUGAGGACAAAUCCCGACCAUUAGUCAAGUGAUGAAUUCUCUCCAAGCCAGCAGUAAUAGUUGGAUACAUUUAUUUCAUACUUUGGUUAAUAUAAAGGGAGGUUACACCUUUGGUAAUUUCACCAAAACUUAAUGGCCAUAAAAACCUACUUGGUAAAGGGCAUUGGAGAGCUGUUGAUAUUACAAAACAUUGAAAUGACACCCUUUUGAAGCUAUUUGGUUUUAGAGAAAGGGGUAAUUUUCAUACUCAAAAUUGUGAAUUAUGAGGAAGGCUCUCACUCAUCUGAAACUUUCUGAGAGUACACAAUUCUAUGCAACGAGGGUGGGUUUUUUUUCUUCCAUUAUUUUCUUGCAAUUUUGAUGACCAACCGAGCCCAGUUUUACACAGGUUUGUUAUUUUUAGGCACACCAAGUGAGGAUACUGGUCUUUAAGAGCUACCAAAAGUGUAUCCUGCCUAUUUAAAGGAACCAUUGCCUUGGGUCAGUCGAGUUGGUCUUUGAAAAGCGUUUGUAACCUUUUGUUAUAGAUUGCAUAUUAUGAUUAAAAAAUA